GCCGAGUCCCGACCUACGAAACAACUGGGCGUCUGCGGAUUCGAAUGCAAAAAAUCAACAAAAUUUAUGUUACGAGUUUAAUUGUAGGAUUAUUAUGUUUUGAGUUUCGUAGGAGUCAAUUACUUAAAACCCAAGUUUUAACUUCUCGCCCUUAUCACAUUUCUCUGGCUGGCCAAGACCAAGCGAUACAAAACCUAUAGAUUGAAAGUGGAUGAAAAUUUCUGAAAAAAUUCCUUUGUGCGGUUGAAGCUUUGUUGUUGUUGUUCUUCUCCUUCAUUAUCUUCGUUUUCGUUUUAUUGCGGUAGCCAUGGAUGCUAAGAUCGGCAAAUUCUUUGAGUCCGUUGGAGCAUUUUUCAGUGGUGGAGACAACAUUCCUUGGUGCGAUAGGGAUGUCAUCGUGGGUUGUGAGAGAGAAGUUUCUCAAGCUGAUGGUGUCUCAGAAGAAGCUAUGAAUGAGAGCAUCAUGCGGUUGUCAUGGGCCCUUGUUCACUCAAGGCAACCAGAAGAUGUGCAACGUGGGAUAGCCAUGCUUGAAGCUUCUUUGUCCAGUACAAGCAGCCCUCUACAAAGGAGAGAGAAGAUUUAUCUUCUGGCUGUAGGACAUUACAGAAGUGGUGAUUGUUCGAGGAGCAGGCAACUUGUGGAACGAUGUUUGGAGAUUGCACCGGAUUGGAGGCAGGCCCUUACCCUGAAGAAGGUUAUUGAAGAUAAAAUUGCUAAAGAUGGCGUUAUCGGCAUAGGCAUUGCUGCAACUGCCGUGGGACUUCUGGCAGGUGGGGUUGCUGCAGCAUUAGCGCGUAGGAAUUGAUCAAACCUCCGGCAACAUAUGUUCAUAAACCACUGAAUCCUUUUGCCUGUCCAAAUUUGCCCAACCAUUAAAUCAUGUUUCAUCAAACAUCCCCUUCUGUCUUGUAAGGAUGUUGAAAAUUUCAUGAUACGGAGUUCCUAAUAAUGUGUAAGAUAACAUGAGACAAUAAUGGCUAAAGUUUUUCGUGGUUUUCUUAUUAUUUAUAUUAAUCAGAUUGGUAGUUAUUUUCCUUUCUCUCCACAUGUAUGAAUGAAAGUAUUUGGAUUUUGUA